UCACUUCCCUUCCCUUCCCUUCCCUUCCCUUCCCUUCCCUUCCCUUCCCUUCCCUUCCAUUAUUCCGUCCGCCUGGGGCUGCAUUGUAAAGCCAUAGCAAUUCGCUCCGCCGGCUGGUCCCCUCCCCUCCCCUCCUUUCCGGCUACGACUAAGCACUGCGCCAGCUAUCUCGUUAGCUACAUCAAACGCUUCUGGCUUUGUCUGAUCGCGAGCGACCUUAAGCCCUACGACGUCGACUACAUUAUUGCCUCGGCCUCAAUAGCUACGAUACAGCGCAAUUCGUACACAGCUCGGCUGCUCCAAUUUCAUACUUUCGCGCCUCGAGCUCCUGGCCCAGCUCCUGAUCCGAAACAUCCUCCUUGUACCCCCAGCUCCUUCGCAGAUCGACCAACGAAGUUUCGAGACAAUCGCCUUUCACCGGUCUGCAAACGCGCCCCUUCUGCCCGCAGACUCGAGAUACUCAAUUCACCUUUGCCUCCCUUCCUCCUUCCUUCCCUCGACCGAUAUAAAGCCCGAACCGCAGGUUUCGAUUCCACUGCAAAUUAGGGGAGACAAAGUCACGGCACGAUCCCUGCCACUUUCGAGACUCCUCCGUAUCCAGUCAGCAUGGUUUCCUCAUCGCGACCACGAACACCAAGUGCGAGCCAGUCUCCACCUUCCGCAGACAAGUUGGCGGCAAUUCCAGAGGCCUCGAAAUCACAUCCUCCCCGUCGCUCCUCCCUCGGCCUCCUCCUGCGCAGAUCCAAGUCCGGCGAGUUCAAACCAAGCAAGAAGCAGCAAGCGAUCCUGAAGGAACAAGAACUCGAGAGACAGCGCAAGGAAUUAGCCGCCAUCCCGAAAUCACCUCCUCGUCUUCCAGAUCUCUACAACGGUCAGAAGCCAGCAAUCCUUCCAUUCGGCGGCGAGGACCGUCCCGACUCGGUUGCAAUUAUAUCAAACAGAUCCGGUGCUUAUCAGAACGCUCGCGUGUCGAUGGAUCCCCCACGCACCUCGAUGACGGUUGGUAGCGUUCCAAUUCCUCCCAUUCCAUCUAGCGGUAGUCGAAAUGGCGAUUGGGUGGAUCCUUAUGCUCGUACGGAGAGCAUGACCCAUCGUGGGAGAUACAGCUACGCAAGUAGCGCCGUUAGCACAAUCAACAGUCCUCGUAGAGUUAGGAGACGGAAGGAUCCAACACCGUUCAACAUCUUGAUAAUCGGUGCGCGCUCAUCCGGAAAGACCUCGUUUCUUGAAUUCCUCAAGACGUCUUUAGCUCUCCCACCAAAGAAGAGGUCCAAUCGUCCAACCGAACUUGCAGAUGACAUAUUCGCUCCUCAGAACACCAAGAACGGAAAUUUCGAAUCUCAUUACCUGGAGACGGAAAUUGAUGGCGAACGUAUUGGUCUUACCUUGUGGGACUCGGAAGGUCUGGAGAAGAACGUAGUUGAUCUGCAGCUUCGGGAGAUGUCUUCUUUCCUUGAGAGCAAAUUCGAGGAGACUUUCACCGAGGAGAUGAAAGUUGUCCGAGCACCCGGUGUUCAGGAUACCCAUAUCCAUUGCGCUUUCCUCUUGCUCGAUCCGCUUCGUUUGGACAGGAAUAUUGCAGCAUCCAAGGCUGCGGCAAUGAACGGCAAUGGACAUACUACGAAUGGAAAGUACAACUCUUCUCCUCGGAUUGUCGGCGGUCUCGAUGAAGACCUUGAUUUGCAAGUUCUGCGCUCAUUGCAAGGCAAGACGACGGUUGUUCCAGUCAUCUCCAAGGCGGAUACCAUUACCACAGCUCACAUGAGCCAUCUCAAGAAGACCGUUUGGGACAGCUUGCGAAAGGCAAAUCUGGACCCCCUCGAGGCCCUUGGACUUGAUGAUUUCGACCCCGAUAGCCCAACUAGAGAUGUAAACCGAAUCGACGAAGGAGACGAAGAUGAGGAGUCCGAUAAGAACUCUGGCGACGAUCUUCCAAUUCAGCACCAAGAUGUCACCACAUCUCCAAAAUCCAACAGACUCUCGACAGGUUCAGUCCGCCGUCAUAAAGGCGAUGAGUCCGAGUCUCAGGAGAUUCCAUAUCUUCCACUUUCGAUCAUCAGUCCGGAUAUUUACGAGCCUGGAGUGAUUGGACGAAAGUUCCCAUGGGGAUUCGCAGAUCCAAUGGAUGUAGAACAUUGUGAUUUCGUCAGAUUGAAGGAGGCUGUAUUCAGCGAGUGGAGAGGAGAAUUGAGAGAAGCGAGUCGAGAGCUUUGGUAUGAAGGAUGGAGAACGAGCAGACUCAAGCACCGCGAGGUGAGACGAUAAUCUGUCCUACUGAGCAUGUCUUACAAGCCGGAGGCUUGCUCUUGGAACGGCCUAUCCAUGAUACCGGAGACAUGGCGAUUAAUUUCGGUUGUGAUACUCAUUUUUCUUUUGUUGAUCGAUUGCAUACCCCUUACUUCGUCGACGCAUGCUUUGUACUACUUCCCCACAAUGCGUAUCAAGGAUGAGAGGAAUACCUCCACAGUGGAAUUCCUAGACAUGAGAUGUGCGAUAGCGUUUGUGCAGAUAGCGUUUUGAAUUUCGAUUCUAUUGCGCUGGGCGCGACAUUUUUACAACUCUUUUGAUGGAAAACCUCACUGGAAGUUUCGAUAAGGAACUCAUGAAAACCUAUUUGGGGGAGGAAAUAUUGAUCUCGUGGAGAACCUCACUGGAAGUUUCGAUAAGGAACUCAUGAAAACCUAUUUGGGGGAGGAAAUAUUGAUCUCGUGGAGAUGGAUCAUCCAAUACCUUUUGUCUUCUUGAACCAAGAUUGUCACGUAGCGCUGACUACUGUAUGUUUGUGUUUUGAUGAAUCAGAAGCUUUUUUUUUUCCGCCUACCUCUUGAGCAAAUGGCUUGACUUUUAGGCCGGAUCGUUUACUGAUUAAAUGGUGGAAUUUAUCAUGUUGUCGAGAUUAAUUUCUUUGAUCCGAGGCGAAGUGACUGAAAUCCUUCUACUCUUCUUUUGCUCUUGCCCCUGUGUAGUCCGGCUGCUUCUCACUCAUACUAACCCUUUCCCUCGAGUCAUACGAUUAACUCUCCCAGGCGCUCCCUGUUUCCUCAACGUCCUCUUCUUCUUUUCAUUGACCAACUCAUCAUCAUCCUCAUCGACGAGUAUUCUCCUAGAUCUACCCUUCUCCUUUCCUGUAAGAGGCACCUCCCGCUCCCUCCUUCUCACCACUCCUCCUCUCCCAUCAACAAACCCCUCCCACUCCGUGAUAGCAGCAACCGCGGCCUCACACAGAACACAACUAACCCGCCAACAAUAAUACAUCAACACUCCACAGAACAUCCACAACAGUAUCCUCCCCACCUCACCAACCUCCCUGCUCUCACUCGUACUCGCUCUCUCAUCAGAUCCAGCACAAACCUUCUCAGACCCAACAUCGUCCUCUUGCUUCCCAAGCAACACCACACCAAGCACCACUACGAACGCCGCACCGAUCCACGUCAUCCACGACCGUCCUACAUUUCCAUCCUCAAUCGUCGACGACGGAGAAAGCGUGAGAAUGUCUGAGUUGGCAUAAGCACUCACUUGAGUCGGACUGUGCGGCGUGUUUGGCGGUACGUGGAUGAAUGGAGGAGACCCAGGUGUGGUUGAACCGACGCUCAGGCGUCGCCACACGGUCUCGAACAGAGAGAUGUUUGGUUUGGACUUGGUGUCGUUGCGAGCGUUGCUGGUCUUGUUCCCUUUUCUCUCGUCGUCGCAGGUCCUGGGAGUGUUGGGCGAGGAGGGGGCUGGGACGGUUCAUUUUGGGAUGAUGCAGUUAACGAUACAAAUUUGUUGAUCGUUCCGAGCUGUUCCUUAAUAUUCACAGGGCUCGGGAAAUUGUAGUUGUAGUGAAGGGAAUUUCCCAUGUAUGUGGAGGGUGCGCAGUUGCAUCGAGACCACAAGGAGACAUAGGCUUGAAUAUUUGGGCUCGCGUUUGGAGCUUGAAGUGGUAG